AUGGACUUUAUGAAGCCGGAAACCGUGCUAGAGUUGACUAACGUCAGAGAUGCAUUGGUGAGAAUGGAGGACACGAUUGUGUUUGCGUUUAUUGAGAGAUCGCAGUUCUUCUCGACUCCAUCGGUUUACACAAAGAACAAUUUUGACAUCCCGGACUUUGACGGAACGUUCUUGGACUGGUCUUUGUUGCAGAUCGAGAGAACCCAAUCGCAAAUUAGACGGUACGAGUCGCCUGACGAGUUGCCGUUCUUUCCAGAACAGAUUUUGAGCUCUUUCUUGCCCCCUCUUGAGUACCCCCCAGUGUUGGCGUCCUACUCUGACUCCCUCAACAUCAAUGAUGAAAUCAAGGACUUGUAUGUCCUGAAUAUCAUUCCGUUGAUCAGUGCGGGUGAGGGUGAGCAGCCAGAGAACCUCGGCUCCACCGUCUUCUGCGACGUUGACUGCUUGCAGACCUUGUCCAGGAGAAUCCACUUCGGCAAGUUUGUCGCGGAGGCAAAGUUCCGCAGCGAGACCGAGCGCUUCACCAAGUUGAUCAUCGACAGGGAUGUCGCAGGUAUCGAAGAUGCCAUCACCAAUUCCGCGUUGGAGCAAACGAUUUUGCAGAGACUUGUGAAGAAGGGAAAUGCCUACGGCACCGAUCCGACCUUGAAGUAUUCUCAGAACCCCCAGAGCAAGGUUAGUCCUGAGUUCAUCGCCAAAAUCUACAAGGACUGGAUUAUUCCGUUGACCAUGAGGGUUGAGGUGGAGUACUUGUUGAGAAGAUUAGAAGAUGAAAAGUAG